AUUUGACGCCAGGUGGUUCCAAGAUGAUCGAGACACAGCACAAUUCUCCAGCACCCUUUCGGUAUUUGCCGGAGAAGUUGUAUCAGCCGAUGCCUGGAACGUCACCGCGCAGUCGAAGCGACAGCCCAGUUGUCCCAAACUCUUACUUCAGGAACAAGAAAAUGC